AUGAAUAGUUUAUCUCAAGGGAAAUUUAUAUCCUUAAUAAAAAAAAACAAAUGGACAAUAUUUGAAAAUGACCUUAAUAUAAUUCGUUGUGGUUCAACAAUAUCAGAAUUAUGUACAAGUUUUAAAUUUAAUUCUUGUUUGAAUAUUAUUAUUCAUGAAACUGUAAAUACAAAUAUUGUAACACCAAAAGUUUUACAAAAUCCAAACAAUAAAGUAUUCACAGAGAAUGAUAAUGCUGGACCUUCUUUUAUUAUCGCAUAUUAUGAAGGACCAAAUUGUAAACCAUUAGAGAAACAACAAUUUCAUGAUUCUUUUUUAAAUUUAAUUAAAAUGUUAUCUAAAAAAAUAAAAAUUAAAAAAGUAUUCAACUUUUGUCAACAAUAUAAACAAGAUCAAUUAUUUGAACAACAUUUAAAAAAAUAUUCAUUUAAAUCAUCAUUUUUUAAUAAAAAUCAAAAUCAAAAUCAACAUUGUGAAAAUAAUAUUUCAGAUAUUAUUAAUAGAAUUGGUGAUAAAGAAUCAAUUGUAUUUAAUUCUCCCAAUUCUUAUGAUUCAAUCAGUUUUUCAUUAUUAUCAAAUAUUGUUGAUGUUAAACCAUUAUUAAAACAUGGUAGUAUUUUUGUUUAUAAAAAGAAUUAUAAAGAUUUAAUUUAUGUUUUAUUAGAAGAACCAAUUUCAAAAUCAUCUUCUGCAAUUCAAAAAAUUAAAUCAAAUUUAUUAUUUCAAUAUAUUUAUAUAUUUUUAACUGAAAGUAAUAAAUUUAAUAUUGAAGUUAUUAAACUAACAUCACAAUUACAAGUUAAUUCAUUAGAAGAGAUAAUUUCAUCAAAUUCAUAUCAUGACGGAUACCAUUCAAUUCAAUCACCUGGUGGAUUUAGUUUAUCAAAUAGUUCAAUGGGAGGUUGUAGAAGAAUAUUUAGAGGUUCUUCAUGUUUUUCCGUACCAUUGAUCUCACCAUCUUUAUCUCUUAAAUCUUCAACUGAAAAUUCACCAAAUUUAAAGAAACGUGUUUCACCUCAUUCCUAUUCACCAAUAGUUUCCAAAAAUUCAAUAAAUAAUAAUAAUAAUAAUAAUAAUUAUAAUAAUAAUAAUAAUAAUAAUAAUAAUAAUAAUAAAAAAGGAAAUAGUAUAAAUGAAAAUAAUGAAAAUAAUAAUAAUAAUGAAGAAUACACUUUAACAUCACCAUCGGCAAUUAGUAAUAUUAAUUUAGAAACAUUAUCAUCAAAUCGACUAUCACCAGCUAUUUCUUUAAAAUCAUCUAGAUCUUCAAAUUAUAUGUUUACAUUACCAUUAAGUCCAACAAGUAAUACAAUUGAGCAUGUUAAAGAUAACCAAGGAAAUGAAAUUACAAAGAUUAAUCAAGUAUCAUAUAUUGAACCUCACAUAAUGUUUAAAGCAUUCCAAGAAUUUAAUGAAAGAAAGAUUAAUUGGUUAUUAGUUGGAUAUGAAGGUAAAAAUAUGAAAUUGGUUGGUAAAGGUGUUAAUGGUUUACCAGAAUUAAAACAACAAUUAAAUGAAUCAAAAGCUUAUUUCGGUGUUGUUGGUAUAACUUUCUCUGAUUCAAGAAAUUUUGGAAAUAAUACAAAUACACUAACCUAUAAAGGACUUUUUAUAGAAUGGUUAGGUAAUAAUUCAUGUACAAGAGAAAGGGCAAUGAUUGGCAGUCAUUCACCUGCUGUCACUUUAUUAUUUAAACAAAAAUCAGCAAUUCAUUGUGAUUUAAGAUGUGAUGAUAUUGAUGAUUUAUCAGAAGAUUAUGUACUUCAAAAAGUUACAAGUUUUAGACAAGAAAUUCAAUUCAAAAAAGUUGUCAACUCAUUAACAACAAGUUCAAAUAAUUUAAUUGAAACUGUUAUUUAA